GAGGCUCUAUCCGGGCCUCGGGGCUCCUCUUUCCUUUCGCGCCGGUUGCCGCUGCGGAGCGCGGCGGGUCCAUGUGCGAGGCGAGCGGCGCUGUUCGUGGCCCAGUAGCACCCGAGCUCGGGGUUCGACCGCGUCCGCGCCGCGAUGGAUCCCAACACCAUCAUCGAGGCCCUGCGGGGCACCAUGGACCCUGCCCUGCGCGAGGCCGCCGAGCGGCAGCUCAAUGAAGCACACAAGUCUCUGAAUUUUGUUUCAACACUGCUUCAGAUUACUAUGUCGGAACAACUGGAUUUACCUGUGAGACAGGCAGGUGUUAUCUAUUUGAAAAAUAUGAUAACACAGUACUGGCCUGAUCGGGAAACAGCAGCAGGGGAUAUGUCCCCUUAUAAUAUUCCAGAAGAAGAUCGACACUGUAUUCGAGAAAAUAUUGUAGAAGCCAUUAUUCACUCUCCUGAGCUCAUCAGGGUACAGCUUACUACAUGCAUUCAUCAUAUCAUCAAACAUGAUUAUCCAAGUCGAUGGACAGCCAUUGUGGACAAAAUUGGCUUUUAUCUUCAGUCUGAUAACAGUGCUUGUUGGCUAGGAAUUCUUCUUUGCCUUUAUCAGCUUGUGAAAAAUUAUGAGUACAAGAAACCAGAGGAACGGAGUCCGUUAGUUGCAGCAAUGCAGCAUUUCCUGCCAGUUCUAAAGGACCGUUUUAUCCAGCUUCUUUCUGAUCAAUCUGAUCAAUCUGUUCUCAUCCAGAAGCAAAUUUUCAAGAUUUUCUAUGCUCUUGUCCAGUAUACCCUACCUUUGGAGCUGAUAAAUCAACAAAACUUGACAGAAUGGAUAGAAAUUUUAAAGACUGUAGUGAACAGGGAUGUUCCUAACGAAACCCUUCAAGUUGAAGAAGAUGACAGACCCGAGUUACCAUGGUGGAAAUGUAAGAAAUGGGCUCUUCAUAUUUUGGCAAGGCUUUUUGAAAGAUAUGGAAGCCCUGGUAAUGUUUCCAAGGAGUACAAUGAAUUUGCUGAAGUGUUUCUGAAGGCAUUUGCUGUUGGUGUCCAGCAAGUUUUAUUGAAGGUAUUAUAUCAGUACAAGGAGAAGCAGUAUAUGGCUCCUCGAGUCUUACAGCAGACGUUAAAUUAUAUUAAUCAAGGAGUCUCCCACGCCCUCACCUGGAAGAAUCUGAAGCCUCAUAUACAGGGAAUCAUUCAAGAUGUCAUUUUUCCACUGAUGUGCUAUACAGAUGCUGAUGAAGAACUGUGGCAGGAAGACCCUUAUGAAUAUAUACGCAUGAAAUUUGAUGUAUUUGAAGAUUUUAUUUCUCCUACUACUGCUGCCCAGACGCUUUUGUUCACAGCCUGUAGCAAGAGGAAAGAGGUGUUACAGAAGACUAUGGGGUUUUGCUACCAGAUUCUCACAGAGCCAAACGCAGACCCUCGGAAAAAGGACGGGGCGCUCCAUAUGAUCGGCUCCUUAGCUGAGAUACUCCUGAAGAAGAAAAUCUACAAAGACCAAAUGGAGUACAUGCUACAGAAUCACGUUUUCCCGCUCUUCAGCAGCGAAUUAGGCUACAUGAGAGCAAGGGCUUGCUGGGUUCUUCACUAUUUUUGUGAAGUGAAGUUCAAAAGUGACCAGAACCUCCAAACAGCAUUAGAAUUGACACGAAGAUGUCUAAUUGAUGAUAGGGAAAUGCCUGUAAAAGUGGAAGCUGCCAUUGCUCUUCAAGUAUUGAUCAGUAACCAAGAAAAAGCUAAAGAAUAUAUCACACCAUUCAUCAGACCUGUCAUGCAGGCUCUUCUUCAUAUUAUAAGAGAAACAGAAAAUGAUGAUCUUACCAAUGUCAUUCAGAAAAUGAUUUGUGAAUAUAGUGAAGAAGUUACUCCUAUUGCAGUAGAAAUGACACAGCAUUUGGCGAUGACAUUUAAUCAGGUGAUCCAGACUGGACCAGAUGAAGAGGGAAGUGAUGACAAAGCAGUCACUGCUAUGGGCAUUUUAAAUACGAUCGAUACACUGCUUAGUGUAGUUGAAGAUCAUAAAGAGAUAACCCAGCAGCUUGAGGGCAUCUGCUUACAGGUCAUUGGAACUGUCUUACAGCAGCAUGUCUUGGAAUUCUACGAGGAGAUCUUCUCCCUAGCACAUAGUCUGACUUGCCAGCAAGUGUCUGCACAGAUGUGGCAGCUGCUGCCUCUGGUGUUUGAGGUCUUUCAGCAAGACGGCUUUGACUACUUUACAGAUAUGAUGCCUUUGCUUCAUAAUUAUGUAACAGUUGAUACAGACACACUUCUGUCUGAUACGAAGUAUCUCGAAAUGAUUUACAGUAUGUGCAAAAAGGUUCUUACAGGAGUCGCAGGAGAGGAUGCAGAGUGCCAUGCAGCUAAGUUGCUGGAGGUCGUCAUUCUGCAGUGCAAAGGACGUGGCAUCGACCAGUGUAUUCCCUUAUUUGUGGAAGCAGCUUUGGAAAGACUGACAAGAGAGGUGAAGACCAGUGAGCUUCGGACCAUGUGCCUGCAAGUCGCCAUAGCUGCUUUGUAUUACAACCCUCACCUGCUUCUCAACACCUUAGAAAAUCUCCGCUUCCCUAAUAAUGUUGAACCAGUUACAAAUCAUUUUAUUACUCAGUGGCUUAAUGAUGUGGAUUGUUUCCUGGGGCUUCAUGACAGAAAGAUGUGUGUUCUUGGCCUGUGUGCUCUCAUUGACAUGGAACAGAUACCACAAGUUUUAAAUCAGGUUUCUGGACAGAUAUUGCCAGCUUUUAUCCUUUUAUUUAAUGGGCUAAAACGAGCAUAUGCUUGUCACGCAGAACAUGAGAAUGACAGUGAUGAUGAUGAUGAGGCCGACGACGACGAUGAAACAGAGGAACUGGGCAGCGAUGAGGAUGACAUUGAUGAAGACGGGCAAGAAUACUUGGAGAUUCUGGCUAAGCAGGCGGGUGAAGAUGGAGACGAUGAAGACUGGGAAGAAGACGAUGCUGAGGAGACUGCUCUGGAGGGCUAUUCCACAAUCAUUGACGACGAAGAUAACCCUGUUGAUGAGUAUCAGAUAUUCAAAGCUAUAUUUCAAACUAUUCAGAAUCGUAAUCCUGUGUGGUAUCAGGCUCUAACUCAUGGACUUAAUGAAGAACAAAGAAAACAGUUACAAGACAUAGCAACUCUAGCAGAUCAAAGAAGAGCAGCCCACGAAUCCAAAAUGAUUGAGAAGCAUGGAGGAUACAAAUUUAGUGCUCCAGUUGUGCCAAGUUCUUUCAAUUUUGGAGGCCCGGCACCAGGGAUGAAUUGAAUUACUACUUUAUUUCCUACUGUGUGAUUGUAGUGAAGAGCUUGUGUUCCUCCUAGUAGUGGUUCCAGAACUGGUUCAUGUUAUCUACUCUAAACUAAUUGAUCAAUAAUAGAUGGACAAAAUUACCAAGGAGGUGAGACCUGAUCAUGCAAGCUGGCACUGAAACGGAAACCAGAGGGUUGGGGGUGGGGUAUUGUCUUUAUUUUUUUGAAGAAACUUAAGAUUUUGACUGAAAGUUCAAGUGACACUGUGGAAAUCUGAAACAAGAGGGGAUGUCAUGAAGGCAGCUUUUCUUUUUCUGAGGAAAAAAAUAGGCGUGGGCUACAGGACUAUUUAAAAUGUCUCAUUUACAGUAUAAGCUCAAAGGUAGAUAUAAUUUUUACACCUAUGAGUAUUUGUCCCAUUUCUGUCUCUUCUUCCUCAUCAUUGGGUAUCCUUUAUAUGUAAAUAUGGUAAGGUGAUUGGCCUUAUUCAUUCUUCAUUUUCAUCAUCUAAGAUGGUUCCUGUGUAAACUAUUGGACAUUUAUUGUAGCACUACAUAACUGAUUAAGGAAAAAAAUCUGUAAAUGAAUUAGCACUUUCAUAUUGAAACAAGCCUGCUAGCCUAUGUAUAAAAUAGCAAAAUGUUUGCUGUUUAUAAAAAGAAGGGAUGUAAUGGGGAGGGGUGGGGUAAUUUCAAGUUCUUAAUUUAAAGUGAAAUAGCAAUUUUGUACCUGGUGACUUUGCGGUGCACUCACCUCUGAUAGUGACUUGAAUUCGGUGUGUUCAAAGGGGUUAGUGAUAUUUCAUUGCUGCUAAAAAAAAAAUGGCAUUUCCCUCUGUGUCCUAUGUUUUUUCUUCAAACUGUGUACAAGUGGAUAUAUCAAUACAAGACCUCACUGUAACAGAAAACAAGGUGGUGUUUUCAUUUGAAGUAUGUAAAUUGGCCAUAAAGUUCUGCUCUUAAAGAGUUGAUCAAAGAAUAUGACUAAACUGACAUAUAUGCAAUCUAUUAAAACAACUUAAUUUGGCUAUUAUUUCUUGAUCUGAUUGCAUUUUUUCCUAAUUAUAAUUUUUUUCCUCUGUAGUGGACCUAUUUAUAUCCUGUUAUUACAGAGUGCAACUUGCACACUUUAAUCAGACACGUAAUUAAUACCCGCCACCCGGUUCUACCAUCUCCCAACCCAUGUUGUUGAUUGUGGUAUCUGUUCUUAAAUAGAUUAAAGGUAAACAAUUCCCUCCUAAAACCACUAUUGAUACCACUGCAAAAUCAAGCCAGCAAAAAAAAAAAAAAAGGACAAUGUCGGAGGUUGGCUUCUUCCCUUUUCCUAACUGCAUGUUCAAAAAUAAGUCUUUAUUGGUCUGAAACUAGACAUCUGUCAGAUGAGGCAUACAUUUGGGUUAUUUUUUAUAUACGUGUAUACACGAAAUAUUUCAGAUUGAAAGUAGCAUCUCAAUGGAUUGAAAACUAUUAAAUGCUGUUGUCUAUAACAGACUAGGAAAAUUGUAGUUGUAAGACUGCGGCAGAUGCACAUAUAUUUAAAAUGCAUAUAACAAAAACCCAACGUUGUGUUUUUCUUAUAUGCCAAUAAUUAAGCCACUGCUGUUGGCACUGUUUGGUUUUCUAUUUUAACACUGAAGGAAUGAAAGUAUUUCCUAUAUUUAUGAAUUUCCUAUGAAGAAUCUUGGCCAAAAAAAAAAAUUGUCUAAGAUGUGGGUGAAAACUGUUAAUCAAGUAUGUUUCUACUUUCCCCACCCCACUGUGGAUGCCAUCUGUAUACGUUAGGUUGCUUAGUGGAAUUUCAUUAUUAUAUAAAGAUCAGUAAUGUUAAAAUUGAGUUGUAUAUAUGCAACAUUGUGUACAGAUGGGGAAAUAUUGAAUAGUAUUCAGCAUUUUUGUCUUCCUUUAUUUUUUCUCUCUGAAUACCUGGUGUACUUUUUAAAAUUUCAGACUUCACUGCUAUCUGAAUUGACUAUUUCAAUUUUCACAUUGUUAAUCAAAAACCAUAUCUAAUAAAGGCUCUAGCUGUUCCCAUGCACAGUAUGAAAAUUCUCGUUUGCUGAGGUUCUAAGAAAAAUGUAUUGACAUGUCUUUGAGAAGUUUUAUUGUCUCCUGUGUCAUACAGUCCAAACUACGUUCAAUUUACAGGUUUUAACUGAAAUUAAAGACCUCUAAAUUAUAUUUGUUGUUAGUAUUCAAAUGAUAGUUUCUAACGCAUCUAUUAUAUACCUCAAUUAUUUUUAAUUAUUUACUAAAAUUUAACACAAAACUUUAGUUUCUAAUACAUCAUGCAUCUUUGUGUCUGUUUUCAGAUAAGGUAGAAAUAUUGGGUUACUUUAAGAGUAAUGUAUUUAUAAACCUGCAAAGCAGUUUUUUUUGUUUGUUUUUUAACAGCUUUACCCACACUAACCUGUAACUUGUUUCUUUGUAGAAUUUUAACUGGCUUUGUUUAGGUUUUAGUAUUUGUCUUUGUUAAGCAUAAAGUGUUUUUGUAAGUUUAAAGCCAUCCAUUUUUUUUAAACCUAUUUUAAAUAAAGGAAGUUGAUCUGU